AUCAGGUAAACAAGACGUGGUGGGUGAUGGACUGAUAGUGUCGACUGUCUGGAGGUGUUGUUAAGUUAGGGCUCAGUGGCUGACAGAUUGCCGCCACUACCAUGGGUAAAGGAUUCAAUAACUACAUGUGCAAGAAAUUCUUCCACCCAGCGUCUAGAGAUAAUUUAAAACGGGUGUGGAUAGCUGAGCAGAAGGCUGAUGCAGAGCGCAAGAAGCAAGAUGAACUUCGCAUCCAGUAUGAGAAAGAGCAGGAACUGUAUAACAAUAAAGCCCUCCUGGCAAAAGGGGAGAACAAAGAAAAGUUAUCACUGAACUUUAUGUAUGAAGCUCCUGCCGGGGUUAAGAAGGAGAGGGAAAAGGAAGAUGGAGAACCGGAAUAUAAAUUUGAAUGGCAGCGCAAAUUCAAUGCACCAAGAGAGAGCUACUGCAAGGAUGAUGAUACAAUCCGCGAUCAACCAUUCGGAAUUGCGGUGCGUAAUGUGAGAUGCAUUAAGUGCAAAGCUUGGGGUCACAUCAACACUGAUAAGGAGUGUCCGCUUUAUGGCCGAGUGCUGGAGCCCACUGAUGAUUCUGGCAAUGUGGAUCACAAGGAAUUGGCUGCAGGAAUGAUAGAUGAUGGUUUACGUCUUAAAAACUUUGCAGCCAUGACUUCUGGAAUCUAUGGGCAUUUACAGAACCCUCUUGCUAGAAAUCAGCGGUUGUUAUCCAGUGAUGAAGAGAGCAUGGAUGAAUAUACACUUUUAAAAUCAUUAACAACUAAGGAGAAAAAGAAGCUUCUGAGAAAACUUGAGAAACUAGACAAAAAGAAAAGGGGUAAGAAAUCUAAGAAAGCCAAAAAGAAGAAAAAUUUAGAAACUUCAUCCAGUGAUGAUUCUUCUGACUCAGAAUCUGAAAAAGAGAAAAAGAAGAGGAAGAAAAAAAAGCAAGAAAGCAAAAGGAAGAUGAAAUAUAGUUACGGCAGCUCAGAUUCAGAAUCUGAAGAUGACAAGGAAAAGAAGAGGAAAAAAAGAAGAGAGUCUGCUGAGGAGAAACCUGACACCCAGGCCCUCUUGAGAGAAAUAACAAAGGGCUUAAAAGUUGACUUUAUUGGGUGUGAUAACCCUUUCAGUAACACCAGUCAUGUGAAAUUCAAGCAUGAAAAGUUUUCCGGUGAUGAGGAAGACAUCACCAAACAUCGUGACAAACAAGAAAAAAGAUACGAGCGGGGGAAUCAUAAAGUGAGUGAACGAGAGACAGGGAAAGGAAGCUGUGGGCAACAAAUGAACCACGAGAACAAGAAGAAAUUUGAAAGUAUAGAGAACACAGGAAAAAGGGAAAGAGCGUGGGAUUUCUGGAGUAAGAAUGAGAGCAAAGAGAGUAAUUCAGAAAAUAGGAAAAAGGCAGACUGGUAUACAGAUAAAAGAAGCCCAGAUCAAAUAAAUGGCAGAGAGCAAAGUGAAAGCAAGAAAGGAAGAAGCCAUUAUAAAGAUGCAGAGGAGAAAGGAGGAAAAGAAAAAUUGAGAGAGAGAGAGAGAAGUAGAGACAGAGAUAAUCAGCAGAGGAGCAGAGAUAGAAACAGAAAUGAUAGAGAGAGAAGCAGAGAUAUUAAGAGGGACAAAAGGCAGAGUAGUAGAGACAGAAGCAGAGAUAAUAGGCAGAAAAGCAUCGAAAAGGAUUGGUCAAGAGAAAAGAGAGAGAAGGACAAAAAAAAAACUGAUUCAGACAGGUACAGAGUAAAACAGGAACACAGUAGAGAUAGAAACAGGUAAAUAUAAUGAUGUAAUAAGUCGAGGAUAGAUUUAGACUCGCCUGAAGAUUAACCCCGUUGGUUAUUUCAUCUGGUAAUUAAACACCCUUGGGGUUAGGUUUUAGGUCAGGUGAGCAUUAAUAUGGUUAAUCAUCAGGUGAAAUAACUGGGGGCUAAUCUCAGGUGAGUAGAUUUAUUUCGAAUUUUUGUUAGUUAGAAUAUAAAAUUUAGACUCCAUGUGUCUACAGUAUUCACACACAGUUUUACAUUACAGUCUUGUGGUAUCAAUAUGAUCAGGGAAAAUCUGUACAUUAUGAAAACAAGAAUCUUGACAAAAUGAAAAAUCCUUUAAGAAAUAAAGUGGUUGUCAUUACAGUUAUACUAGUGUAUAGUAUUUUGAUAUUACCUUCAAUAUAUUGAUUACAAUUUUAGAAUAAUUUUGAAUGUUUUGUGUCAAACUUUUGUUCCUGGCCCACAAUCAUUAAAUUUUAUUUCCUUAA